GAGAGAGAGAGAGGAGAGAGGCAGACAGAGAGAUGGCAGGGAGUUAUUGGUACAAUGAAGUGGUUCCAUUCACAGCUAUGAUUGCAAUAGAGUGCACAAACGUUGGUGUUAACGUUUUAUUCAAAGCAGCAACUGAAAAGGGGCUCAGUUACUAUGCCUUCAUCUUUUACUCCUUUGCAAUCUCAACCCUCUUUCUCCUCCUGCCUCUGCCCUUCGUCUUCCGAUGGUCAAGAGGGCUUCCUCCGUGGAAUAUGUCUCUGAUCAUCAGAUUUUUCCUCCUUGGAGUUAUUGGACUUGCAGCUCAGCUUUGUGGAUACAGAGGACUCAAAUACACUUCGCCUACUCUUGCUUCUGCUCUUAGCAACCUUAUCCCGGCUUUUACCUUCAUCUUAGCGAUCCUUUUCAGGAUGGAGAAGGUAGCUUUGAGAAGCUCAAGCACUCGUGCCAAAAUCUUGGGUUCUAUGGUAUCGAUAUCAGGUGCACUGGUAGUUGUUCUCUAUAAGGGCCCCACAAUCUUAUCCAAUUCAUCUCCACAACCAUCACCUACCGUUGAUUUUCCAAUGGGCUCAACAUCACAAUCAAAUUGGGUUCUUGGUGGGUCCCUACUCCUCAUUGAGUAUCUUUUGCUUCCAAUCUGGUACAUUGUUCAGACCAGUGUGAUGAAAAAAUACCCAGCAGAGUUUAUCGCGGUGUUCAUGUACAACCUGAGCGGGACUCUCAUAUCUGCACCAGUUUGCUUACUAUUAGAAUCAAAUUUGAGCACUUGGAAGAUAAAUCCUGAUAUAACCUUGAUCACUGUUAUAUACUCGGGUUUCUUUUGCACAGGUCUAAGUUGUUUGGUUCACACUUGGGGCCUCCAUCUUAAAGGCCCAGUAUAUGUAUCAAUCUUUAAGCCUCUGUCAAUAGUCAUUGCUGCCGCUAUGAGUUUUAUAUUUCUUGGCGAAGCACUGCAUUUUGGAACUGUUGUUGGAGCACUCAUACUAUCAUGUGGGUUUUAUGCUGUUAUCUGGGGAAAGGCAAAAGAAGAAGAAUUGAGUGAGGAGUUAGACAUACGUCCCAGGACCAGCGGUGAUAGUCCUUUGUUGAAGAACUUCAGCGAGAACGCGUAAAAAUGAUUCUUCAUAAAUACUCAAAUUAUGAUAAAAAAUAAGGUUAACUAGUUGACCUUAUUUUUUUUCAUCAUGUACUUGUGAUCCGUAGCAUUGCUCUGCUUUGUGGAAUCCAAUAAAAUCUCAUUGUGAAUUAAUAUAUUGUUAAGGG